UUGUUGUAGCACUUCUUUAAACAUUAAAAAAUGGCGUCUUCUGUAACCGUAUCGUUCAUACCAGCGACCUCAAUGAGAGCGCCAAACCUCGCGUCGUGCACCCCCUUCUAACCUAUUUUUCUUAGUAUCUUUCUGGGGAAAAGAUGAAGGCUUUAGAUCAAGAACUGAUGAGCGAGGAAUGGGGGUUCAAACUAGAACAGCUGAUGGAGUUGGCAGGACUGAGUUGCGCCUGCGCGAUCAAUCACAGCUACCCCGCGAAAAACUUUCCGAGGAUUUUGUUCGUUAUUGGUCCUGGAAACAAUGGCGGAGACGGCUUGGUCGCUGCUCGACAUGUGCGUCACUUUGGAUACGACCCAGUAGUUUUUCAUCCGACGAAGUCCAAAAAAUUUGAUUAUCUGUUGACACAGUGUCGAAAACUUGAGAUAAAAGUCAUAGACAAGUUGCCAAGCGCGGACGAAUUGGCCCAACAGUACGAUUUAAUUUGCGACGCCAUCUUCGGGUUUUCCUUUUCUGGAGAUAUUCGCCCACCAUUCAACGAGAUCAUCACAGAAUUGAAUAAGUGCUCGCGCCCAAUUAUAUCUAUAGAUAUUCCAAGCGGCUGGGAUGUCGACCAUGGAAACGUAAAUGGAAAUGGGCUGGAACCAAAGUCCCUUAUAUCGCUUUCAGCCCCGAAGCUAUGCUCCAAGAACUUCAAAGGUAUCCACUGGCUGGGAGGAAGAUUUGUACCGGAAGCACUUCAGAAAAAAUAUCAGCUCGAUUUACCGAAGUACGAGGGAUGUGAGCAGGUCAUCCUCAUUUCUGGCUGAUUUGUUGUAUCUGCGUGAUAUCUGUGAAAAGAAAACACUAAGACACUUGGUGCAAAUAAACCACUUCCUGCAAAAUUACGCGCUACGAACACUUUCGCACGCUUCUGUUACAGAGUUGCUUUUAGCAUCUAUUGCUGACACGACUUGCGCCUAUGUUCAUGAGCGUCGUAGCCAUAUGUGGCAGAAAUCGGGCGCGCUUGAUGACGUUCGCGCACUGCAGUACAUUUUUUUUUGUGUGUUGCCGAUUAGAGAGCUUCAGAGCCAAGAAGCAAAAAAGUCUGCGAAGCAGAAGUUAUUGUUCCCCCACAAAGGGGUUGGCAGUUGGGUUUUCGAAACAUUGAAACGGACAUGUCUUUGUGAUUCGUAGCGUUGACGCGAGUGUUGUAGAUAAAUUGGCAUUUCUAUUAUGACGUCGUAUGCGGAGAAGUUUAGCAAGA